CUCCUCGGUUCCCGUUUUGCUGUCAUGUCGCUGGAGUCGGGUGAAGCCGCACGUCACGCGUGUUUUCCUCGGGGUGUUUCUGGUUCCGGGUCCAGCGUCUCCUGCUUGGCCGAUGGACGUUGGCGAUGUCCCCGACGUGCCUUUGACCGUCUGUCUCUGUGUCUUGCCAGCUGGGCAGCAGCAGCUCAGAAAGUGUCUUGGCGCGCUCGCCGCCUGCCCGUCACUAGGGAGGACCGACGCAGAGGGGGUGCCCUCCCUGUCGGAGCUCUUCAGGGCAGGAGGCGGAGACGAGGUGUCAGUCGGUCCCCAGGUGGCCAGCCCUUCGCCCCUGCAAGGCAGGGGAGGUUUCAGGAGGCCGCACGCUCAGAGCUGCGCUGCAACCCGGGCCAGUUUGCCUGCCGCAGUGGCGCCAUCCAGUGCAUCCCGCUGCCCUGGCAGUGCGACGGGCUGGCCACCUGCGAGGAUGAGAGCGACGAGGCAGGCUGUCCGGACGUGAUCGGGGAGGCACGUGCUUACCAUGGGAAGGACGCUGUGGACCCGAGGCCGGGGCGGGCGCGCGGCAGCGACCCCACACACUUCCACGCCGUGAACGUGGCGCAGCCUGUCCGCUUCAGCAGUUUCCUAGGGAAGUGCCCGACAGGGUGGCACCACUACGAGGGCACGGCCAGCUGCUACCGAGUGUACCUGAGCGGGGAGAGCUACUGGGACGCCGCGCAGACCUGUCAGCGCGCCAACGGGUCCCUGGCCACCUUCUCCACUGACCAGGAGCUGCGCUUCGUCCUGGCCCAGGAAUGGGACCAGCCCGAGCGGAGCUUUGCAUGGCAGGACCAGCACAAGCUGUGGGUCGGCUACCAGUACGUCAUCACCAGCCGGAACCGCUCCUUAGAAGGUCACUGGGAGGUGGCGUUCAAAGGCUCCUCGGAGGUGCUCCUGCCCCCAGACCCCGUCUUCGCGGCGGCCACCUCGGAGGGCGAUGGCGUGUUCUGCGCGCAGCUGCAGUGCUUCCACUUCCCCACGCUCCGCCACCACGACCUGCACAGCUGGCGCGCCGAGAGCUGCCAGGACAAGUCCUCGUUUCUGUGUAAAAGAAGUCAGACGUGCGUGGACAUCAAGGACAACGUGGUGGAUGAAGGGUUCUACUUCACCCCCAAAGGGGAUGACCCGUGCCUGAGCUGCACCUGCCACGGAGGGGAGCCCGAGAUGUGCGUGGCCGCCCUGUGCGAGCGGCCCCAGGGCUGCCAGCAGUACCGCAAGGACCCCAAGGAGUGCUGCAAGUUCAUGUGCCUGGACCCAGCCCUCCCCGUCCGCACAGACGGCAGCAGCCUGCUGGACUCCAUGGCCAGCGGGAUGCGUCUCAUCGUGAGCUGCGUGUCCUCCUUCCUCAUCCUGUCACUGCUGCUCUUCAUGGUCCAUCGGCUGCGCCAGAGGCGCCGGGAGCGCAUUGAGUCUCUGAUCGGAGCCAACCUGCACCACUUCAACCUUGGCCGCAGGAUCCCCGGCUUUGAUUACGGCCCGGACGGGUUCGGCACGGGCCUCACGCCACUGCACCUCUCGGACGAUGGGGAAGGCGGCACUUUCCACUUCCACGACCCGCCCCCUCCCUACACGGCGUACAAGUACCCAGACAUUGACCAGCCCGAUGACCCGCCGCCCCCCUACGAGGCCUCCGUCAACCUGGACGGCGUGUUUUACGACCCUGCAGAUGACGACGCCUUUGAGCCAGCGGAGGCCGCCCCACCCACCACAGGAGAUGGUGGCGGUGAGGGCGCGGUGCCCCGGCGCCCGGAGCAGCCCCUGUCCGCCCCUGGGGCCUCUCUGGCCGACCUGGAAGACUCAGCCGACAGCAGCAGUGCCCUCCUCGUGCCCCCUGACCCCGCCCAGAGUGGGAGCGCCCUGGCCACAGAGGCACUGCCCGGGGGCGGCCGCCACAGCCGAAGUUCCCUCAGUACCGUGGUGUAGAGGAGGACUGCAGGCCUGCGGCCCGCACAGGCAGGGAGCACCUGUUUGCUGUUGAGAAAGACGCUGAUCCCUGUGGGAGACUUGAGGGGCCCCUGAGCGAGCUUGGACCCAGCUGCACGGCUGCACCCUGGACGGCGGGCACGCACAGACACAGCCCCACCCCCAGGGCGCCAGCGCCUGCCCCGGGCUCCUCGGGGGCUUCAGACACAUGCGUGUAGCGUUG